AUGGCGUCACAAGAACAUGAAUACAAAGAAGCAUUUCAAUUAUUUGAUAAGAAAGGAAACGGAACGAUUUCUUCAGAGGCUUUAGGCGAUUUAUUACGCGCAUUAGGACAGAAUCCUACAGAGGCUGAGGUUGGCGAGCUUGUAAAGAAGGCUGGUAAAGAAAUUUCUUAUGACGCUUUUCUUGAAAUUCUAAAUCGCCCUAAUGGAUUUGCACCGGCUGGCACAUACCAAGAUUUCAUCGAAGGGUUUCUGAUCUUUGAUAAAGAUCGAACUGGGUUUAUUGCCGCUUCGGAAUUGAAAUAUGUGUUGACAAGUCUUGGUGAAAAACUAACAUCAGAAGAUGUAGAUGAACUAUUUAAAAAUGUCCAAGUUGAUAGUAAAGGAAAUAUUCGAUAUGAAGAAAUUGUCAAAAAGAUUAUGUCGUCAUAA